CUCUCCACUCCCCCCAUCUUUCUUCUAUGGGCUACAGCACAAGUAGAAGAAAAAAAUCCAGCUAAAAGCUUUUCCGGUCUGCUAGCCUGAAUUUCCUCUAAAGACGUCUCUCGCAGAGAGGAGAGGAGGACGCACACAGGCAGACUGACAGACCAACGGUUGUAAUUGCACCGGCGGUCACCGAGAAGACUAAUCUUCACUCUUAUCUUGUACUGAAGGAUCUGGUUUCUUUAGGAGGGGCAUGAACCGCGGAGCAGUGCUUCUCGGCGGCCUGUGCCGGGAAAUGUGUCCGCCGUGGGUGUGAGGGAGAGCGGAAUGGUCUGCCUGGACGGAACACACUGGUCUCGCACGGCCGCUCCAGUCUCCGGUAUCCACGCGCUCCCGACUGCGCCAAUUGAGCGCCGAUCGGUCCAUAGCGGUGUGAUUUGGUUCACGGACGGCCUCAAACACAUUGGGCAGCCCACUUGUCUUUUAUCGUUACAUAAUUGAAACUGAAUGUAUGUGUCGCUCCCGUAACCCGGACUGAUUCUCAGGCAUGGAGGCAGAGAUGUGUGUGUGACACUGUGUGUGUGCGCCUGUGCUGGAUCCAGGGGCAGGGCUGUCUGUCUGUCUGUCUGUCUGUCUGUAACCGAUCUACCCGCCGAGUGGACCGGACUGGACUGUGCAUUAAUUGUACUAGUGCAUAAAUUAACCACGGGCCAGCCCAACGUGAACCCUGGGUGGAAACCCGAGUCCAACGGGCAAUGAGGGGAACAGCUUUGCCUCUCUUUACUUCUCUGGCCCUCGGUCUGAUCUUUUUGUGUUUCUGCCAGAAGCAUCUGGAAAGGAUAACACGGGGAUCCAUCCACUCCCCCAGAAAGUAGACUGGAGAAUAAAUCACAUCCUGGAUGGAGAAGCAUCCUUACUUCUAGAAAUGAUGGAUACAGUUGUCUCGAAUUCCAGCUUCAUGCUCAUGGCCUACUGCUAAUUUUAGAGUGAAGAUGUGUGCAGCCAGGUUCAGUAGCAGCAGUAGCGUCAACGGGGACCGGGAUGAGACCACUACUAAUGGACCCGGUACGGGCCCGGCCACCACAUCCCGCAUGCUGGACUGGUCCGAGGAGGGCACCCGCAUCCUCCACAGCCUGGAGAUUGGAACGGUCAUGACCGUGUUCUACCAGAAGAAGUCCCAGCGACCGGAGAGGAGGACCUUCCAGAUACGACAGGACACUAGACAGAUAGCGUGGAGCCGCAACCCUGACAAGAUAGAGGGAGAGAUUGAUAUCAGGGAGAUCAGGGAGCUGCGGUUAGGUAAAGGUUCCCGGGACUUUGAGCGUUAUCCAGAGGAGGCUCGUAAAUUAGACUCCGCCCACUGCUUCAUCGUGCUCUACGGACUGGAGUUCCGCCUCAAAACACUCAGCGUGGCCGCCUUCAGUGAGGAGGAGGUCAAUAUGUGGAUCACUGGAAUCAACUGGCUGAUGAUGGAUACUCAGAGAGCCUCAGCACCACAACAGAUAGACCGGUGGCUGAGGAGACAAUUUGAGGUGAUGGACAGGAAUCGUGAGGGAAGUAUCACAGUAAAGGAUGUGAAGGCCCUGUUACCUCAUAUCAACUACAGAGUCCCCAACAUGCGCUUCCUCAAAGACAAGCUACAGGAAGUGGAAGCCAGGUGUGAUCUCUCCUUCCCUCACUUUGCUCAGCUCUACAGAACAUUGAUGUUCGACGCACAGAGGAGUAUCAUUGAGCAGCUGGAGCUCUCUUUCCCCCUCCGGAAUGUGGACAGACCAGAGCUGUGUCAGAUCUCUUUUUACGACUUCCAGAAGUUUCUACAGCUGGAUCAGAAGGAGUCAUGGGCGUCGGACCUGAGCCGCGUCAGAGAGUUCCUAACGGGCUACCUGAGGGGUGGAGCACAGACCGACCCUAUGCUACAACUAGAUGAGUUCCUGACGUUCCUGUACUCCAAGGAGAACUCAUUGUGUGACCCUCGACCUGCUGUUGUUGUCUCUGACGACAUGAAGAGACCCCUGUCUCAGUACUGGAUUUCCUCAUCACACAACACGUAUCUGACAGGUGAUCAGUUCUCCAGUGAGUCAUCUCUAGAGGCCUACGCUCGUUGCCUGAGGAUGGGCUGUCGCUGCAUAGAACUUGAUUGCUGGGAUGGGCCUGAUGACCUGCCAAUCAUCUACCAUGGCCACACUCUCACCUCCAAGAUCAAAUUCCUGGACGUGCUGCACACCAUCAAAGAGCAUGCCUUUGUCACUUCAGAGUACCCAGUGAUUCUGUCCAUAGAGGACCACUGUAGUGUGGUCCAACAAAGGAACAUGGCUACUCACUUUAAGAAGGUGUUUGGAGAUCUGCUGCUGACCAAACCAGUGGACCUGAAUGCAGAUGAGCUGCCCUCGCCCUACCAGCUACGCAGGAAGAUACUCAUCAAGCACAAGAAACUGGUGGAGGGCUCUCUGUAUGAAGAGGUGACGUCAGCCAGCUACUCUGAGGCUGACAUCAGUAACUCCCUCAGGAAUGGCAUUCUCUACCUGGAAGACCCCAUAGACCACACAUGGACUCCCCACUACUUUGUUCUGAGCAGUAAUAAGAUCUACUACUCGGAGGAGACUUCUCACUACCAGACUGCCGAGGAAGAGGAGGAGGAGGAGGAAGAGGAGGGGGGGAGGGGGAAAGAGGAGUGUAACAACAAUGAGCAGCACUGUGCAGAGCGCUGGUUCCAUGGGAAGCUGGGAGGGGGGCGGGAUGGGAGACAGGUUGCUGAGAAACUGCUGCAGGAGUACUGUGAGGGCGGGGGCAAGGAUGGGACCUUCCUGGUCCGAGAGAGUGAGACCUUCGUAGGAGACUACACUCUCUCCUUUUGGCGAUCUGGGCGUGUGCAGCACUGUAGGAUCCAUUCCCGCCAGGAGUCUGGCUCCACCCGCUACUACCUGACUGACAACUUGGUGUUUGACAGCCUGUAUAGACUCAUCUGCCACUACAGAGACACGCCCCUACGCUGCAACGAGUUUGAGAUGAGGCUGGGCAGCCCUGUACCACAGCCCAACGCACACGAGAGCAGAGAGUGGUUCCACUCCAGUCUUUCUCGUGUCCAGGCUGAACACAUGUUGAUGAGGGUACCCAGAGACGGGGCCUACCUGCUCCGCAAACGCAGCGACAUCAACUCCUACGCUAUCUCCUUCAGGGCGGAGGGUAAGAUCAAACAUUGUCGUAUCCAGCAGGAGGGCCGUAUGUUCAUGUUGGGUAGCUCAGCAGAGUUCGAGAGUCUGGUUGACUUGGUCAGCUACUAUGAGAAACACCCCCUGUACCGCAAAAUGAGGCUGCGCUACCCCAUCAACGAAGACACACUGGACCGCAUGGGCACCACGGAGCUAGACUAUGGAGCGUUGUAUGAAGUCAGGACCCCACAUUUCUACGUUGAGGCCAACAAGAUGCCCACGGCUCGGUGUACGGUCAAGGCCCUGUAUGACUACAGAGCCCAGAGGGACGACGAGCUGUGUUUCCCCAAACAGGCCCUCAUCCUCAGCGUCGACAAGCAGGAAGGAGGCUGGUGGCGAGGUGAUUACGGAGGGAAGAAGCAGCUGUGGUUUCCUGCCAACUACGUAGAAGAAGUCCCCAACUCACCCGCCCGCGAGACAGGAGACGAGGCAUCUACAGAGAACAGUCCACUAGGAACAUUUCUCAAGGGCUUCAUCGAUGUGCCCACCUGCCACGUAGUGGUUCAGAAGGAUGGGAAGAGUUCCAGGCCAUAUGUGUUCACCGUCCACUCCCAGCAGAUGUCAAUUCACCCUGGCCAGUCACUGGACAUUGCUUCAGACACCCUGGAGGACCUGACUGGUUGGGUGGGGAAGAUCAGAGAGGCCACACAGAACGCAGACGCACGGAUGCAGGAAGAGAAGCAGAUGGAGAGGAGGAAGAAAAUCGCGCUGGAGCUCUCUGAGCUGGUGGUCUACUGUAGACCUGUCCCCUUCAACGAAGAGAAGAUCGGGACAGAGCGGGCAUGUUUCCGGGAUAUGUCAUCAUUCCCAGAGACCAAGGCAGAGAAGUUUGCCACGCGGGCAAGAGGGAAGCGCUUCCUGCAGUAUAACCGUCGCCAGCUCUCCAGGGUCUACCCCAGAGGACAGAGACUAGACUCCUCUAACUACGACCCUUUACCCAUGUGGCUGUGUGGAUCCCAGCUGGUUGCUCUCAACUUCCAGACUCCUGACAAGCCCAUGCAGUUGAACCAGGCUCUAUUCAUGCUGGGUGGGGGGAGUGGCUUCGUGCCCCAGCCUGACAUCAUGAGGGAUGACACCUUUGACCCCUUUGACAAGGACACCCUCCAUCUGGAGCCAAUCACCAUCCAGCUACAGGUACUGGGAGCUCGUCACCUCCCUAAGAAUGGCCGCAGUAUAGUGUGUCCCUUUGUAGAGGUUGAGGUGUGUGGGGCCGACUACGACUGCAGCAAGAGCAAGACCGACGUUGUGGCUGACAAUGGGUUGAACCCAGUGUGGGUUCAGAGGCAGUUUGUGUUUGACGUCCAUAAUCCGUCCUUCUCCUUCCUGCGUUUCUUGGUCUAUGAGGAGGACAUGUUUUCUGACCCCAACUUCCUGGCUCAGGCAAUCUACCCUGUCCGCUCACUAAGAACAGGCUACAGGAGUGUUCCACUAAAGAACAGUUACAGUGAAGAGUUGGAGCUGGCUUCUCUGCUGGUUCACAUUGAGAUUGUCAACGCCAAGGAGGAAGAUGAUCAGAACCUGUACUCGUCCAUCCAAAGGCUGAGAGACCGUACCAGUGAGCUGUCCAAUCAGGUGUCAGUUCUGGAGAGGGCGGGGUCAGGAGGUGACCACAGCUAUCAGCAGAGUCUGGAGGAGCUGAGAGCAGCACAAGAUCAGCUCAGUGAACUAGUGGAGACACGCAACCACAGGCUGAUUGAGAAGAAGAGGAGGGAGAAGUUGAGGCAGCAAGUGGGGGCCAAGCGGAACUAAAAUGCCCAUCUGACCACCAACCAACCAGUCCCCCUCUACUGCUGCACACUGAUGAUCUUACACCCAUGGAAGGACAAUUCAAUCUACCAAUAACUGGAUUACCCCUGCUAUAAGUGUGCAUAGACUGCACAGAGAUGCACAGUGUGUUGGAUAAAAAGAGACAAAAAAAACACUCAUCUCAUGGAACAAAAACCUUCAGAAAUGGAACAUAGAAUGAGAAAAGGGUUAUAAAAUAAUUCAGUGUUCUGAACAGCGAAGUCAGAUAAACUGAACUGACAUGAGAGUAGCGGUGUUCUAAUCUAUAAGGAGAAUACACAGGAUAUGUAUCCCAAAUGGCACCCAAUUCCCUAUAUAGUGCACUACCUUUGACCAGGGCCCAUAGGGGUGUGGUGCACUACUGUAGAUAGGGAAUAGGGUGCCAUUUGGGAUACAGCCAUAGCCUCUAAGAGAGUAAGGUAGUGUCAGAGAGUCAACCAUUUGUAUAGGCGUAAUCCAGACUCAAAAUCUCUCCAUGCUAGAACUGGUCUCACAACUGAAAACUGGAAUAAUAUUAUUUUAUUGACCACAGAGGAGCUAUGAGAGUGAGAAUCUACUAUCUUGGCCGUGGCACAAAAAUGGCUAAAGAGAGAAAAUGGGAACCACUACUCAUGGACUGGCUUUGAAAGGGCUUUUAAAUGGGAGCAGGACCACGUAUUUUCCUCAAAGACUAAAGUCUUCUUCUCCUAUCCUGGGGCAGCAGACUGACUAACAGCAGGGACUGGAGUCUAAUGCCCUCUAGUGGUAGGGAUGUGGUAUUGUUUCCAAAAAUAGACCCCUCUUCCUUUACCUGGGAGAGCAUAAACAGGACUUUUAUUAUUGUGUUCAUUAGAGACUUACUAACACUGCA